AUGAGGAUUAAUGUAACUAUGAUAGUUUUUCUAACUAUGUCUCUAUCUCUAUCAGAGGCGCUCGAAGCAGGGGUCGACAAUGCAGAUAUUGUAGAUAAGAAUAAGUUGAAUCAACUUUUUAAUAUCAAUUACUAAGGAGAUUUGUAAGAUUCAAUUUUAAGUCUUUAGAUAUUCUGGAUAUCUAAAAGCAGAUGCAUAAGGAACAACCUAAUUUUAUUAUUUAUUUUACCCAGCUGCAAAUGAUUCACUAAAGAAACCUAUAAUUUUAUGGUUAAAUGGAGGACCUGGGUGUUCAUCAAUUUAGGGUGCGUUUAAUGAGAACGGUCCUUUUGUAUUUAAAGCAGGUACAUCCGAGUUUGAGCUAAACAAGUACUCAUGGACAAAUUUUGUAUUUAUCUGACGUAAACAGCAUUUAGGCGAAUAUGAUAUAUCUUGAAUCACCAAUAUCGGUUGGUUUUUCCUACGGCCCUUAAGUGGAGUAGUCUGAUGAAUCAACUGCUAAAUAUAACCUUCAAGCCUUGCUAGACUUUUUUAAUAAGUUUCCAGAAUAUAAAACAUUGCCACUCUUUCUUGCGGGAGAAUCAUUUGGAGGAGUAUAUGUGCCAACUCUAACAAUAGAAAUUAUUGAUUAUAAUUCUAAAUAAAGUGCCGAAAGUAGAAUAAAUUUGUAAGGGUUGGCUAUUGGUAACGGAUGCACUGAUCCAACUGAAUGUACACAUGCAGCUUGGCAAUUCUAAGUUCAUGUUUUUCACUAAGUUGGAAGGCAUAAUUUUAUAAGUGAAGAAUUAUAUGAAAAAGUAAGAAGUGUGGAAAAAUAAUGUGUUGAAGUCAAAACUGAUAUUUGUAGAUAAAUAUCACAAGAAGUUGAAGAGCAAAUAACAGGAAAGGAUUAAAAAAUCAAAGCCAACCAAUACAAUAUGUAUGGAGCAUGUUACACCUAUACUCCUGAAGGANUACAUUAUUAUUUUUCAUUUGAAAAUAUAAAUACUUCCUUUAGGAUAUUGGUUUUCAUUUUGUAUAUUUUUUUAAUAAUAUAAUUAAAUGAUCACCACUAUAAGUAAACUAGUAAAAUCUUAAUCAAAAUUUAUCAUGAACUCUACUUUAAUUAGCAAAAAAUGGAUGCUAUAGAUUUGCAUUUAACAAUAUGA